UUUCAACAGUAUGUUGCUACGACAAUGAACAAAACCGUUUUACGGCAGGCAUGUACAUGUGUGAAGCUUGUUGUUAGCUGAGUAGUUAACGGCUACGUCUUGUUUUCCUCCCCGAGCUUGAAAAAAAAGGUGACACGGUUAAGGCUUUUAACCCGGACAAAUGGAUGUUGGAGAGCUCCUGAGCUAUCAGCCUGAUAGAGGAGCAAAGCGUCCCAGGCAGGAUGAUGGAGGUGCAGCGGGAGGAGAAGAGGACACCAGAGGAGGGAAACAGCAGAAAGUGCUGGGUGUCAGGGAGUUGGCCAGAUACCGGGAAGUUGCAGCAGGAAUGGGAAUUGAAGGAGGGUUAGAGAUGAGGGAGACUGAGGAGCUGACUGGGGACAAGAAGAAGAUCCUGGAGAAGCUGAUGGACCAGGAUGAAGAUGAACCUGAGGCAGAGCCGGUGGAUGAGAGUUCAGUGAAGAAGAUGAUCCUGACCUUUGAGAAAAGAUCAUACAAAAACCAGGAAUUGAGGAUUAAGUUUCCAGACAAUCCAGAAAAGUUCAUGGAGUCGGAGCUGGAUCUGAAUGACAUUAUCCAGGAAAUGCAUGUAAUUGCCACAAUGCCAGAUCUCUACCACCUGCUGGUGGAACUCAAUGCCGUCCACUCCCUGCUGGGCCUCCUCAGUCAUGAAAACACUGAUGUCGCCAUAGCAGUGGUCGACCUUCUUCAGGAGCUGACAGAUAUUGACACACUCCACGAGAGCGAGGAGGGUGCUGAGGUGCUCAUAGAUGCUCUGUUGGAGGGACAAGUGGUGGCCUUGCUGGUGCAGAAUAUGGAGCGGCUGGAUGAACAAGUGAAAGAGGAGGCUGACGGCAUCUAUAACACACUGGCUAUCAUAGAAAAUAUGGCAGAGUUCAGACCAGGCCUGUGUGCCGAGGCAGCCCAGCAGGGACUCAUGCAGUGGCUGUUAAAGAGAAUUAAGGCAAAGAUGCCGUUUGAUGCUAACAAGCUGUACUGCAGUGAGAUCCUGGCUAUCUUGCUGCAAAACAAUGACAAUACCAGAGAGCUAUUGGGUGAGAUGGAUGGCAUUGAUGUGUUGCUGCAGCAACUAUCUGUGUUUAAACGCCACAAUCCUUCCACAGCCGAGGAGCAGGAGAUGAUGGAGAACCUCUUUGAUGCUCUGUGUUCCUGCCUCAUGCUGCCCACCAAUCGGGACCGCUUCCUCAGAGGGGAAGGCCUUCAGCUAAUGAACCUCAUGCUUAGAGAAAAGAAAAUGUCUCGAACCAGUGCUCUGAAGGUCCUGGACCAUGGGAUGAUUGGACCAGAGGGAGCAGAUAACUGCCAUAAGUUUGUGGACAUCCUGGGCUUGCGAACCAUCUUCCCACUUUUCAUGAAAACCCCCAAGAAGAUGAAGAAAACUGGUGCUUCUGAGAAAGAGCAUGAAGAACACGUGUGCUCCAUCAUUGCCUCCAUGCUGAGAAAUCUCAAGUCCCAGCAGAGAAGCAGACUCCUCAACAAGUUCACAGAAAACGACUGUGAGAAGGUUGAUCGACUGAUGGAGUUGCAUUUUAAGUACCUGGAGGCUGUUCAACAGGCUGACAAGAGGAUCGAAGGAGAGAAACAUGAGAUGGUUCGUCGCGGGGAGAUCCUAGAUGACAGCAUGGAGGAUGAGUUCUACCUUCGCCGCCUGGAUGCCGGACUAUUCGUCCUUCAGUUGAUCUGCUACAUUAUGGUAGAGAUCAGCAACUCCGGGAUCUCACAGCUGCAGCAGAGAGUCCAUCAAAUUCUCAACCUUAGAGGAGGCUCUGUCAAAGUAGUACGCCACAUCAUGAGAGAGUACGCAGAGAGCAUCGGAGAUGGGAAGAGUGACGAGUUCAAAGAAGCUGAGCGGAAGAGGAUCAUGGACCUUGUAGACAACUUCUAGUCUCACUUUUUCCUCUCUCUCUCUUAAACACAAACAGUAUGUUCUUACAUGUGAGAACAUUGAAACCCCUCAGUUCUGAUCUGUGAUCGAUGGUGACAGUCAGCUUGAGCCAGUGGUCUGUUGUUCUGUAACAUACUGAAACUGAAGUCACUGAGGAUGUUUACAUGCAUAGAAAUGCUUCUAAAAACCUUUAAUCAUUUUCAUUUUUUAAAAAGAGCAUGAAUCUUUGACAUCCAAUGUUGGGAAAAAGGACCAAGAAACUCAAAUAAUAAGAUAAACUAACUGAAAAUUAUAUGUUUUAAUUAUUUCAAUCUUAUUCAUCCAAUAAACACAUCUGUAUGUGUCAGAGAAUUGGUUAAAAUCCAGUGAAGACUGUGCAUGUAAACGUGCUUACUGUGGAAACAGUAGUAGUUAAGAUUGACUGAAACACACAGGAAACAGGAAAUGUUCUUAGAGUGGCAGUGCUGUCUAUAUUCUGUACUUUGCUGUUGAACACUGCGGGAUAAUUAUGGACAGACUUUGCUCUCCCACUGUACCUGUUUUUUUUGGGGGGG